AUGUUUCGUCGUCCAGUGGUUCGUACAACGAAACUCCGACAUUCAGCUCGUUUUGCCGCUAAAGAGGCAGCUCGUGUUCUGGAUGGAGCUGAGCGGUCUUCGUUGACAAAUCAUAAACUCGCGAAACUCGAACAGGAUAACGCCCAUGAGGAUCCACAUGCGAACAUCGUAUGGAGGAAGGAUCUUCCUAAUUUCGAAGACGAAAUGAUCGGUGGACCGAAAAAGAAAAGCAGCCGAAAACGUUCCUCUACGACAACGCCUUGCGGUCAAAACCAGCCAAAACGGAAACGGAAGUUUCGUGCUAGACGAUUUCGGAACUUCAUUUCAGCUCUUGACGAGGCUAAUCAGAAGUAUCGGAAGAAUAAAAGACUUUAUCGAGCGUUUUUUAAGGCUACAGCACCAGCGCCAAAAAUACCUGGAAGGAAAUUUUGUGCUCCAUGUGGGGAUAUGGGGAUAUAUUCGUGUAUAAGGUGUGGAACACCGUACUGUUCAAUAGUGUGCCGUGAUGUACAUAUGGACACGAAGUGCGAACGAUGGAUUCGUUAA